AUGACGAGGUACAUGCGACAGUUUGAGAAGUUCCAGCUGGCAGAUUUGGACAGCUAUUUCGAGGAGGCUUAUGCCCAAGCCCCAGAAGGCUCUUGGUUUUCUUGUUUUCGACAUUUCAGAACACGUGUGAUGAUGGUUGUCAACUUUAAAACGCCGGAAGAGUCGGGGUGGGCCAACAGCCAGUCUGAGGCCUGGUUUUUCAUCCACGUGGAUGCGGAGGUGUCGCCCUGUUUCCAUGGGGUCGGACGAUGCAUGGCCUCUGCACCUCUUUGUACUUGUAGCUGGGAGUCCCGGGAUGGAGGCCUUGUUCUGGAAGGAUUUAGUGGCAGCAGGACAGAGGAACUGCAUCAGCCAGGAAGCGCAGGACAGCGUAGGAUAGCGCAGGGUAGGAGCCCCUUACAACCUUACGAGCUCAGCAGCUCCAUCCCUGGUUGGACCUGCAUGCCGGGAAGGACCUUCGCAACCGCUGGUCCACGGUUCGGCCACGCGUACCCCGACUCACAAAGGAUUGUUCUAUCCGGGUCCAUGGCUGUUACUUUGUGCUGA